AUGUCUGGUGACAAUCACGAUCACGGUGGUCAAGACCACGGCGGCGGCGGUGGUGAUGAUGAUGCCGGUGACUUUGGGCUAGCAGCUGCACCUCAUCUUGAACCUGAAGUAGGGCUUGAGUGGCCUGAUUUUCAGAACCCAGAGAUCGCAUCAGUUGGUGAGAUUGUUCUUUCAGGUCAACUUCGGUUUGUUGCCCGCCAGAAUCAGGCCUUGAUGAGUAUGGUCCAGAACCUUUACUCUGCCAUUUCUAAGUUCGUCCCACUACACUACUUUCAUUCUUUUAUCCCUGGCUUUAAUAAGCUUAUAGAUCCCAAAGUCGACGAAGUAGCGUGUUCUUCCACGGGUACCAGCAGUGAUGGGGGUGAUCCUGUUCACCUCAAAAUGCCAGACGAGAAUGCUGAACGCGUUUCUCAAGCCUAUCAAGCCCUGAUCGAGGGUGGCGAGAUCUACGACACCAUUGAAGAAAAGCAAUCUGCUCCCGCUGGCCAAGAGGAUGUAGAUCUGGUUGAGAGACAGGACGUCAUCCUCACCAACUUGAAACUUCUCACCCCUGAUCUCAUAACCGACCUGUACAUCAUGCUGAACAAGGCGAAGAAGGCCAGCGGUCUCAAGGAUCAGCCUGAUAAGAGCAACAAGGGCAAACGAAAGGCCAAAGGCAAGAAGACCAAAGACACUGGGGAUGGGACAUCCGCAGAUGUUGGUGCCGGUGGCCACCACGAAUCCGAUGAUGGUAAUGAGAAUCGUAACCUCGAAUCAGCCCGCACCACCGCCGGUGGUCCAUCUUGCCAGCUGUUACUUAACAGUCAAGCCAGUAGCCUGGUUAAACGAUCUCUCCGUUCCCGCCAGAUCUCUGGAUCUAGUGGUGUUGGUGCUGCCGCCUCUUCCCAGCAAUCACAAGCUUCGGCCACCACCAUUCAACGCCGACGCUCUAAGCAAAAGACUCGCUUCAUCAUCAGCGACAAUAAGGAGGAUGAGGAUGCCGAAGAUGAGCUUUAG